AUGUCGAUUUCUUUAUCAUACUUUGUUUACAUGAUUUUACAAUACACUAAUAAUUAAAUUGAUGCUAACAUUUCAUCUCAGAGUUUUUAUGCAGAGGAAGGAACUUUUGUUGAUCUUAAAUAAGAUUUGAUUGGCUUUUAAUAUUAAUACUCUUUUAAUAAAUAUCUAGAUUAAUUAGAAUUAUCCACUAACAAGACAUAUCUAGUGAUAACUCCUUACUUUUAUUACAAUAACUAAUCAUCAUACCAAUUUAUAAAGUUAAGUUAUAAAGAAUGUUAGGACCCUCAGCUUGAAGGUUAUAAAUGUUUAGAUUUCUCUAAAAUUUAGAAUUACACAUUGAAUAUAAAUGCUAAAAAAAGUAUUGGAUCAUAUAUUUUAAUUUACAUUCAUAAGUGUUAUGAUGUGGAUUAUAUAAAACCAUUUAUUCCUGAUAAUUGUGCUAGUUAGGCAGAAGUAGAAAAAUUAAUUAGUAACCCAAAUGGAAUUUUUAAUUUCAAACUUUAUACGUCUUAAUUUAACACAACAUCAAAGAAGUUAUAAGUUAACUAUAAAAAUAGCUAUUCUUAUAUAUAAACCGAUUAACAUCAAUUGAUCAAUUAUAAGGUUUAAUAAUUAACUACUACUGUGAAAGAUGGUAUUAUUUUUCAAAACAAGUAAGACUUUUUCUCUCCAAUUCAAUACAACGUUAAUUAAUAAAGUUUUAAUUGGUAAACAUUUUUUAAAAUAUCAAAUGAAACUUCGAUGAUGAAAAUUACCUUUUAAAUGGAUGAAUUUGUUCAAUAUGUUAAAAUACAGUAUCAGACAUUUCCUGAAAUACUAGCAUAAGUCAAUAGUAUAUUUUCACUAUUAAUGCUAGCUGGUAUUAUUGCUAGAAAAUUUGCUUCUGGUAUUAUUUUUAACGAAUUUUAUAAUUUGUUGAUUUAAAACAUGUAUUUUUCUUCCAAAAUAAAAAUGAAUCAGCUUCUAAAGCAAAGUAACUCAAGAUAAUAUUAAAGCAAAUACUUCUAAAAAAAAUUAAAAUAAACCAAGUUUAAAUAAAGUCCUUUUAAUAGUUAAGCAAACUAUUAAUAAGAUGAAGUUAAGUUAGAUAUUAGUUAACUUAAUUUAACAAAUAACUAGAUUGAACAAAAUUAAUCUAAAAAGGUAAGUUAAAUUAAGGAUUUAUCAUAAAUUAAUUUUUAAAAGAAUAAAAAUUAAGAAAUUUAGUAUUAGGAUUGUUAAGUUACUCUUAAUAAUUCUUCACAGAUUUAAAUUCCAAAAAUUUAUCAAAAAAAAACUUCUAAAAAUGAAGAAGAAGUGAAUAAUUCUUUGUAAGAAAGUUAUCUUUAAAGUUAAGCUGUAAACAAAAGAGAUUAGUAGUCAAUAUCAAUAAAUAACCAAAAUCAAAGUAACUAAAAUAAUCUUAUUCCAGAUUAGGUUUAGGGUUAGAAUACUGAUUUAAAGUUUAAAAAGUUAUAGAAGAAAGGUUUAGAAGAUAGAUCUAUUUAAUUUGAUAGAAAAAUUAAAAAUUUUAUAGAAAAAGAAGUACAUAAAAGUCUUGACAUUUUAUAGUUGUACAAAGAUUUAAUCUUUUUGAAAAAAGCUGUAAUGAUUCUUUUAAGAAAAGAUUAACUUGCAGCAAUAGAAUUUAUUGGAGUAUGUCCGUAGACAAUUAAUAAACAAGUUGAUAUCAAUUAAGAUAAUUAUGAUGAAAAAACAAAUAUGAAUUAUUUUGAGAAACAGUUUGCAAUAUCAAUAUCAAAUCAGCUAACUAUAGAGUAUGCAUAAAAAUUUUUGGAUAGAAUAUAUUUAUUUAUUUUCAAUCAAUAUUUUAGAAAGAAUAGUAAAUUAGAUAAAAAAGAAAUGGCUGAAUAACUUAAGAAGUGUAAGAGAGGAGGAUGCAAUAAAUAAUUUAAAGAGAGUGAAAAUACAGGAAAUUCUUGUAAAUUCCACCCUGGCAAACCACUUUUCCAUGAUACUAAAAAGGGAUGGACUUGUUGCAAUAAAAUUGUUUAUGAUUGGGAUGAGUUUGCAAAAAUAGAACCUUGUGCUGAGGGCAUGCACAGCGAUUUAGAUCCUAUGUAAUCUGCUUAAGGUUAGGAUGGGUUCUUUAAAUCAGAAACUGUUAAUAAUGCAUAAAAAGCAAUUGAUAAAUCUGAAAAUAAGCCUGUAAUCAAAAAAAUUUCAGAUUACAAUUAGUAAGAUGACAAAAAAGAAGCCAAGCAAUAAUAAGCUGAAAAUGGAACAGAAAAGAAAGUAUUUGUUACACCAUCUGGCAACUUAAAGUGCACUAACAAAGGAUGUUAAAAAGAAUAUAAAGAAGAAGAUAACAAAGAUGAUUCUUGCAAAUAUCAUGCUGGUGCACCUGUUUUUCACGAUUUAAAAAAGUUCUGGAGCUGUUGUCAUACUGUUACAUACGAUUGGGACGACUUCAUGAAGUUACCUACUUGCACAGUUGGUAGACAUUAACCCAAAUUUGUUUGA